UGAUAAUAUUGCGGUAUGAACUAUGAAAACAUAAAACUAUAAAAGUGCAAAAUUAUAAGUAUUUUCAAUUUUGUACCGUUUAUUGUUAUUUUCGUUCAUAAUAACGUUUACAAUAUAUUGUUCACGGAGAGAUUCGAUUUUCGUGUAAUUGGCUUGUACAUUUUCCACCAUGAGAAGGAAACCCAAUAUUCUUGUUACUGGCACUCCUGGUGUGGGAAAAUCUAAACUAUGUGAAGAAUUAAUUCGUAGUGGUUUGAACAUGGAAUGGAUUGACGUCGGCCAGGUAGCAAAACAAUUUGAUUGUUAUUCCGGAUUUGAUGAAGAUCUGGAGUGUCACGUACUAGACGAAGAUAAGCUUCUCGAUGAGUUGGAAUCUCGAAUGGAAGAAGGCGGAAAGAUCAUAGACUAUCAUGGUUGUGAAUUUUUCCCUGAGCGUUGGUUUGAUGUAGUAUUUGUUUUGAGAACUAAUAAUACGUUGCUCUAUGAUCGGCUAGUAAAGAGAGGUUACUCGACCAAAAAACUACAGAAUAAUGUUGAAUGCGAAAUAUUCCAAACUAUAUACGAUGAAGCGAGGGAUUCGUACGAUAAGGAUAUUGUACAUGAACUCCAAAACGAGACUUACGCAGACAUGGAACGAAACAUAAGUCAAAUUAGUGCAUGGGUAAAUCAGUGGAUAAUAGAUAAUGUAGACAAUUAAAAGACAUAGUCUGAUCUAUGUUGUACCUAAUCGUCAUAAGUAAUUACUUAGUAUAAGUUAUCAUAUACAUUUAUAUUUUAACUUUUAUUACUAAAAAAAAACCUAUCAUUAACUAUUAUGUAAAUAUAUGUUAUUAUUUAUUAAAUAA